AUGACCGCAAGCUCGGACGGAGCCUUGGAAGACUUUUUCAACAUUCCGACAGCUGCUCGACGACGCAGCACUGUUUGGGAUAGCGCGUUCUAUCAGUACAUGUCUCAGUCACCAUCAAUCGACCCCUUACGCAACCUCGCCGCUCGCAUUAUCGCGGCUACCACAGCCGAGCCAGCCAGGAGCGCGCCUCCAUCGUUCGAGGACAAUUCUGAGUACCCAUUCCCAUCAGCUGCCAGUAUACCAGGUGCUGAAAACCUAGACGACCUUCGAGAGCUGUAUCUCAAAAACUCGAAUUUUUUCGACGCAGACGACUUAUCAGCAUGCAGGUGGAUGGGAAUGUUGUGCAGCAACAGGAUGUCGUUCCUCAGUCAAAUAAGUGUUGUUUGUGUGUAUCAAGAUGUUUCUGAUGGCUACUUGGACGAUACGGCCCUCACGAUAUACGCUAAAACCAAGCUUAUGAAGUUGUUGACCGAUAACCUUAACACGCACACGGACGACUUCACCAUACUCAGCAUAGUGCACCUCCUUGUCAGCGAGAUUGGAGGCCAGAAUGAAGACGUUUUCGAUGUACACCAGGAAGGCUUGGUCCGUAUCGUACAACAAAGAGGAGGUAUUGCAAACUUAGGUGUUGACUACCCCAUCGCUACGUUCCUUAUCGUGUAUGUUUCGUCCUAA